AUGCAUCUUGUUCUGUACACCUUUAUGACGAUUUUUGUUGUAUUUGUUUCAGUGUUGUCAUCUUCCCAGAAUGACAUUUCUAUUCCUACCCUUGUAUCACUUGUUGCAUCACUUCCCCUAUUCCAAUGUCCGUUUGCAAUGACUUCCGUACCUGCAUAUCUUGAGAUUGUGAAUGCAUCAGAUGAGGAGAGCCUUGAUAGAGCUCGUACCUGCCUGAUGGAAAGGAUGCAUUUGCUCAAUGAAGUUUCUGCCCGCACUCAGACACUUGCGCAAAUUCUUUCCUCGAAACAACUAAAGUUUGACGAAUGCUUUCAGGCUAUGAAAAAGUUGCGACAGAUUUACGAGCAAGUGGAAGAGAAGCUCAGAAAGGAGUUGUCGAACUUGAACCAUGAUCUUCAACUUCGAGCAGAUGAUGAAAUUAGUCAACGUUCAAAAUUAAGCAAGGAACUUGAGGAACAAUCUCAACAGUUCGAUUCUUUGAAGCUUCAGUAUACCUUGAAUGUUUCUCAACUAGAGAUUGCUUUUUCGGGUAAAGAUUUUCGCAUCAAAUUACUUGAAAAUGAGCUAUCUGGUCUUAAAACUGUGGUUACCGAUAAGAUUGUCCAACUUGCAUCUUUGAGUGAGUUUCAUACUUCGGUUGAAGAGAAGGAACUACAAGAUCGAGCAUCGUUCAAUCAGGAGGCUUCUAAUCUCCAAUGGGUGAUAAAAGAGGGCAUUCCUUCAUUUGUUUGGGCGCUCAUGAAUUCUAUUGAUUUUGGGGAUGUCAACGCUGCUCUUCAAACUGCCUCCAUCCAGUUAGGGCUCCAUCAGACGUGUUCGGAGAUGAAAGAAAAAUAUGUUGAGGCACUGGAUGGCAAAAAUGUCCUCUACUCUUACUCGGAUGCUCAACGCCAUAUUCUCGACCGUUUUUCGUAUAUGAUUACUCAUAAAUAUUUUCUAUUCGGUCUUUUAGAAGGUGACAAGAUUGAUGAUGGCAAGUUAAAGAAAGAGUUGGCAGAUUUGGACCCAAUCUUGAAGCAUGAUGGUGCAAGUUCUAGUGUGUAG